CCCCCGUCUGCUCUGACUGGAAAGUGGCGGUGUCAAUCUCGGUUCUUAUCCAAUCGCCACCGCGUCUCUCUUUGCCCCUCCCCCCACCGGCUGCCAGGUUCCACUUCCCUGGAGUUCUGAGCUCGCUGGGGUCUUCGGCUCCGUUGCUGCGUCCCACAGCCCCCCGGCGGCGGGGGCUGGCUGCCGCUGAACUGGAGGCAGCGGGGCAGCGGGAUGGGGCGGGGGCGCCCGGCCGGACCGCCUGUCAGCCGGGCCCGGGGCAGCGGGACGAGGCGGGGGCGCCCAGCCGGCCCUCCGGCGAGGCGGGCCUGGGGCAGCAGGAGCGGCGGCCUCGGCCUCCCGCCUGCCUGUCGCAGAUGGAGGCCAGCCUGACGUGCGCCGUGUGCCUGUCCCUCUUCGAGGAGCCGGUGACGCUGCCCCUCUGCUCGCACAACUUCUGCCGGGCCUGCGUGCUAGAGUGCCUGGCCUCCGCCUCGGCCGCCCGCCUGCAGCAGCAGCGGGGCCAGGGGCAGGUCCGUCUCUUCCGGGGGGGCCCGGGGCCGGGCGGCGGGGGCGGCGCGGCCGGCGCCCGGGUGUCGUGCCCCCUGUGCAGGAAGCUGUGCCCCCUGCCCCGCGGCGGCGCCGCCGCCCUGCCCGUCAACACCACCUUGGCAGAAGUGGUCAAGCUGUACCGGUCCGGCGCGGCAGGGGCCGGUAAGGCCGGGGAGGCAGAGCAGGGUCCGGGGGCCGGCCUCUUCUGCCCGUCGGCGCUCGGGGGAACCUGCCAGAAGCACCCGAGCCGGCCGGUGCAGCUCUACUGCCGGAUGUGCCGCCAGGCGGGCUGCGGGCAGUGCGUCUCCGAGGAGCACCAGGGCAUCUUCCACUCCGUCAACCUCAUCGACACCGUCUACCAGGAGGAAAAAUUAACUUUCUUCAGCAGUCUGAAAAAAAUGAGAAUAAUAAAUGAGAAGCUGAUGAAUGAAAUCUCGAGUCACCCGCAUGAUGCAGAUGUGGCACUGAACAAUGACGCAGAGAUAAUUGCACUGGAAUUUGGAGAAAUUUUCAAAACUCUGGAAAUGAAGAAACAGCAAUUGCUAGAAGAUGUUGAAAAUCAAAGAAGUAAAAAAGAGAAAGAAUUUCAGAUUUGGAAAAAAGUGAAGGAAAGUCAAAAGAAGGCGAUUGAGAGUUUCUUGAAGGACUGUGAAAAGCUUGUCCAUGAGCGUGAUCCCCAGCGUUUCCUGGAGGUGGCCUGUGGCUUGAAUACAAGAAUGAAAACUCAGCUUGACGUGAUGAAUAUAGCAUCCAGCUAUGAAAAACCACCAGAGUAUACUCAGAAGAAAAUGGACAUCAAACCUGUGGUUAAUGAAAUCCUGGCUUUGAAGUUAAUGCCUGUUAGUGUAGGCAUUGUUAAAGAUUUACCUUCUGGAGGAAAUGAGAACUCAACAAAAAAUACUCCACUUAAAAAUAACACAAAGCAAUGUGAGGACCAGAAGAGCACGCCCAGUGCAUUUCUUCCUGUAGCAGGACAGGAGGAAGCACUAGCAGACGGUAGCAGGAUCUGUACUCGCUUAAUGUCAAUAUCAGAAAUGUCAGCAUUUCAAAACAUGAGUCAUGAGGAGUUACGUUACAAAUACUAUAUGGACCGUCAGAAGAUCAGCAAUGAGUUAAAGACACAAACUUCCCUUGCAAAUAAGAAGCAUAAAUUUGGAACUGCCGAGGCUUUGAAGGAUAAGUCCUCAGGAACUCCCUCUGUAUCUUCGCCUACCAAAGCAAAUAACACGGAUAAAGUUAAAAUGGGAACUCUGCAAAGAGCAAAUGGCUUUGAGAAAAGUUUUUCUGGAACCAGUAAUCACAGCAUCCCAUCCACAAAUGUGAGCUUUUCGGAAGCAAAUGGUGACUUAAAAUUAUUUCCUGAGAGAAGUUCCCAGGAAGUAACCACUCCAGCCUUAUCAGAAAACUCUAAAGACCUAGUAGUUAGAGAAAAAUUGCCAAUGCAGGCGUCGGCAGUUACUGUUUCCAACGAAAUGGACACAAAUUCUAGCACUUCAUCUGGCUUAAAACCAGCAGCAUCAGUUGCUGUUACUGUUUCAAAUUCAGAAUUUCUAGAUGUUUCUGCAGAGAGGCUUUCUGCUUCACCUUUUGCUUUCAGUGCAUGUAGCAACUCAUUACCCAGAUUUAUUAAAGAUGGGCGUACGUUUUCCUUUAAAAAGAAAGACAGGAAAUACGUUUUCCCUCAAUUUUAUCUGGGAAAAUGCGAUCGCGUGGAUAAAACUGAUAAUGAAGAUGAAAGCAAGCUUAGAAAACAUGGUCCUGUAACCAAAACCACAGUUUCUGAUGCUUCAACCAGUCCUAAUUUAGACUCAGCAAAAAGCGAGAAGUCAGAUUUUUUGUUUCCCUUUAGGAAUUCAGAAAGAGAUUGUUUUGCAGGAUUGGGAGUCGGCAAUUCAUCUACAGCUUUACCAUUAUCCUCAUUUUUUAGCCAAUCUGAGAAGCCAUCUGACAAAAAUACAUCGUCUCACGUGAGAGAAAAAACACUUUGUGCAGAGGAAACUGCAGAAUGUGGUACGCAGAGGCCAUCUGUCUCAGGGGAACAAAAACCUAAUGCCUCAGAAUCCAGCACAACUGCAGCUUGCAGUACGUCAGAAACCAACGCUGCAGCUGGGGGGAAUGAUGUCUCCGAGUUCCCCCUUCUCCCCAGAAAUUGUGUAUUUUCCUUCAGAAAUAACUGUUUUCAGUGGCCUUCACCGGUGUUUUCAUUUGGAAGUAUUGUCAGAAAUACUUCCGACUCGCUGACAUCCUCCGUGCUUUUGUCUGGAAAUGGUACUGAAAAAAUGGAAAAAGAGACGAUGAAAUCUCCUGAGAGAACACCUCUCAAUCCAGAGAAGCCUGUUUCUUCAGAGUGUGCAGAACCUGCUUCUAGACACAGUCAUCCAAAAGGUGAAGGCUGCUUCUUUCCCAUGAACUCAUCUAAGCAAACUGAAAGUGCAGCAAUGCUUGCUGAUAGGAAUUCUUGUGGCCAGCCCUUAUGUCCACCUGUCCUGCCGGAGAAAUAUGAUAAUGAACCUUCCACUCACCUUACUGUUACAGCAGCAAAACAAGAAACCAAGGUAAAAGAUGAAGAAAGUGAAACUGUUGCUGAAAAAGGCUGUUCCUGCCCUCAGAGGGCACAUGCCCCCGGGUCUGUGCUGUUGGAGGAUGCAGCUGGUUCCACUCCUGGCACGGGCCAUGGUCCCUCCUUGGGAGGCUCCACGGUUCCGGUGGCUGGGGCGGGAGGGACGGCGAGUGACAACGGGUCCGACACCGAGGAGCUCAGUCACGCGUCCGCCUCCACCGAUACCAGCAGCGCAUCCGAGUACUUCUCUGUUGCUGAAGACAAAACAUCUACUAGAAGAAAAUCGGAGACGUGAAGAGAGAGUGAAAUGGAAGAUAACUUUAUUUAAAUAAGCUGGAAUUAAAUAAAUGCUUCUUAGCACGUUAAAAA